UGACUGACGUCCGCGCGGCCGCCCCCGCCCCACGCGCCCCGCCCCCGCCUGGUCGGCUCCGAGGCUCCGGGCUCGGGGCUGCGGCGCUCGCCUGGCCUCCCGCCCCGCCCGCGGCCCAUUCCCUCCGCAGCGGCCGAGCCGGCGGCCACGCGACCCCGGGCGGCGAGCGAGCGCGCGGAGCGGCAACCUGGAGGAUGAAGUGCAAGCCGAACCAGACGCGCACGUACGACCCCGAGGGCUUCAAGAAGAGGGCGGCGUGCCUGUGCUUCCGCAGCGAGCGCGAGGACGAGGUGCUGCUGGUGAGCAGCAGCCGCUACCCGGACCGCUGGAUCGUGCCGGGCGGGGGCAUGGAGCCCGAGGAGGAGCCGAGCGGCGCGGCCGUGCGCGAGGUGUAUGAGGAGGCGGGCGUCAGGGGCAAGUUGGGCCGGCUGCUGGGCGUCUUCGAGCAGAGCCAGGACCCCAAGCACAGGACCUACGUGUUCGUCCUGACCGUCACCGAGGUCCUGGAGGACUGGGAAGACUCGGUGAGCAUUGGCAGGAAGCGAGAGUGGUUCACGGUCGAAGAUGCCAUCAAGGUCCUGCAGUGCCACAAGCCCGUGCAUGCCGAGUACCUGCAGAAACUAAAGCUGGGCGGUCCCCCCACCAACGGAAACUCCGUGCCCGGGAGCGACCCCUAAUUUACUUUGAAAGAAUCAAGAAUGUGAACCCAGUGGUGAGUGGAAUUGUGAAGCACAGGUGAGCUCUUUCAUCAAGAACACAGCUCAUUCUAUGCUUUUGGACAGUUCUUCCCUGUUUAUUACAAUGACAAUUCUCCAGGUUGUUGCAUUGCCACUGUAUCUGUACAGACUUCUAAUUUGGCACUUAUGGCCUUUUUUGUGCUUUUAUUAUUAUGUGUCUGUAUUUCCCACAGGCUUAUAUGACCUUGAGUGCAAGGACCUUGUUUCCUUGGUCUUUUUAUAUAUCUAGCAUACAAGACAUCACUUGAAAUAUGGUAGAUAUCACUGAAGAUUUCGCUAAAUAAUAUUUUGUAAUGGCACUGAGUGUUAAAGCAUUCACCUUCUAAUUGGGUGUUAGUACAAUAAAUGCUCUCUAACAUACAUGUGGCUUUUGUACAUCAGGUGUCAAGUGUUUCAAGGCAUCUGUGAGAUACCAGAAAGCAAAAAUUCUUACUCAUAUCUAUGUCAUCUGAGACAUCAUGUGCCUCCUGAUGGUAGUACAUUAUACCACCUAUGAAAUAUAUUUGCCAAAAUUUUGGACUUAAAUGUAACUGUGCCUCUAGAUAUAAAUCCUAAUCUGUAGAAAAUACAGGGAACAGAGAAACAUACACCAGAGAGAUGAUAGCAGAAUCCAGACUGUAGAAAAUUCUAUAGGAUAGAUGUUUCUUCAGUAAAUGAAUGACCUGGAUGAAAGAAAGAAAUGGGAGGAUGAACCUAUAGAUUAAAAGAGACUUAAGAGACAUAUGAACCAGUUGUAAUAUAUGGAUAUUUUUGGGCCCUGAUUUGACCAAACUGUAAAAUACAUUUAUAAGACAGUCCGGAUAAUUUGAAAAUGAUUUGAUAUUUGAUAUUGGGAUAAAUGGUGGUGUGGUUAUGUUGAAAACAAAUGAGACUUUAUCUUUUAUAGAUAAAUUCUCAAACAUUUACAGUUGGUAUGUUGUCUGGAAUUUGCUGCAAAAUAAUAAGUCUGGAUGUUAAUUGCAUUGAAGAUAUUGAUGAAACAAGAUUGACCUUUACUUGAUAAUUGUUGAAGUUGGGUGAUAGUUAAAUGAUGGUUCAUUAUAUGUUUCUCUCUACUUUUGUAUGUUUAACUGUUUCCA